AUGGCGGACGCUCUCCCCGAUGAUCCCGUAGCGCGCGCGAAGGCCAUCGCCCUUAAGCUCACGGCCACCACGUCGACUCCUGCUGCUGCUGGCGGAGGGGAUGUGCCACCAGCAGCUGCUCCGGAGGCCGCACCCGCUCCCGCUUCUGAAUCAGAACUCGGCAAGCGGAAGAACCGAUGGGGCGAGGAUCCACAACAGCCUGCGCCCUCCAUGCCGGCCGGAUUCGGACUCCCCGCCGCUCUCAUGGCCCAGGCCACCGCCGGCGUGCCGACCGCGCGCAAGAAGAUCAUGGUGCCCGUUAAGGAGCACCCGGAGUUCAACUUCAUGGGCGUCCUGAUCGGCCCUCGCGGGAGCUCGCUUAAGGCGAUGGAGCAGCGCACGGGGGCCAAGAUCCUGAUCCGCGGCCGCGGCAGCACGAAGGAACCCUCUUCCGACCCCGAGGCGAACGAGGACAUGCACGUCGUCAUCGAGGGCACGGACGCCGCCGUCGCCGUCGCCACCCAGGAGAUUGAGACCAUCUUCAAGGAUCCCCAGCGCGCCCUGAUCGUCAAGAGCGAGCAGCUCAAGAAUCUCGCCGACCUGAACGGGAGCGGCGCCUAUGGCGGCGCCUCCGGCGGCGCGGCGGGCGCCUACGGGCCCGCGGGCGGCGAGGAGUACGAGGUGGAGAUGGGCGUGCCGAGCAAGAUGGUCGGGCUGAUCAUCGGCCGCGGCGGGUCCAACAUCCAGUCCAUGCAGCGCGACUACCAGAUCACGAUCCAGAUCGCGAGCCAGAACGACGUCCCGGCCGACUCGGAAACCCGUCCCGUCAAGCUCAAGGGCGGCCGCCAGUCCGUGGAGCAGUGCCGCAGCCAGAUCAACCAGAUCAUCACCGACAGAGAGAACGAGCUCCAAGGGGGUUUCAUCCCGGGAGGCGUCGCCGGCGGCGGCGGCGGAGCUCACUACGGCCCCGGGCGCGACUCGUCCUCCCAGGCGACCAACCACCUGACCAUCCCCGAUGACAAGGUGGGCCUCGUGAUCGGCAAGGGUGGCGGCACCAUCAAGGGCGUGCAGGGGCGCACCGGAGCCAACAUCCAGAUCCCCGGCGAGGCCGACGCCAACGACCGCACGAUGCGGACGAUCGUCAUCUCUGCGGGCACGAAGGACGCGGCCGACCGCGCGAUGGCGGAGGUCCAGAACAUCCUCAGCGCCGACGCCGCGUCCGUCGGGGGAGGGUCCGGCGUCCCGCCCGGGUCGCAGGUCCUGCACGUCAUCAUCCCGGAUGACAAGGUGGGUCUGGUCAUCGGCAAGGGCGGCUCGACCAUCAAGGAGCUCCAAAACCGCACGGGCUGCCGCAUCCAGAUCCCCUCCCAGACGGACCCGGGAACCUACCCUCCCACCCGCCGCGUCACCCUGACUGGGGUCGGAGAGUCUCCGCACAACGCCAAGCGCGACAUCGAGAUGAUGGUGCGAGACGACGAGAACCGCGGCGGCUAUGGACGAGGCGGCGGUGGCGGCCCUCCCCCCCACCAGCAGGGAUACGCCCCCCCCGGCGGCGGCCGCUACGGCGGGCCCCCGGCACCCUACGGCGCCCCGCCUCCGCAGGGGUACUACGGCGCCCCGCCCCCGCAGCACCAGCAGCCGUACCAGCCGGCUCCUUACGGGCACCCGCCGCCGCAGCAGUACCAGCCCGCCCCGCAGUACCAGCCGUACGGGCAGCCGCCACCGCAGCAGCAGGCGGCGGCGGCGCCAGCUCCCGCACCCGGUGCCGUGGAUAUGUCCCAGUACCACGACCAAUUCUGGCAGUACGCGGCGUACUACGGAGAACAGGUGGCGCGCGACCAAUACGGUGCUUGGGCGCCUCCGGCCGGAACCCCACCCCCGCCGGGCAUCACCAUCCCUCCCCCGGGCCAGGCAAACCCGCCGCCUCAAGCCUAGAAUGGCCAACACAAGAGGUAUGUCGUGAGUGGGAGACGUGUGAGGCAAUCACGCACUCUUGACUUUGCAGUCAGCGCGGGUGGUGUCGUCAUAGAGUCACAUCAAUUCCGGCCGCUGUACGCUGUACUCCCCCCCCCCCCCUCCGGGUCCCCCCGUAAUGUCUUCCUUUUGUCGUCGAAAUUUCCCCGCGUGUGUACCAUGUGUAACCCCCUCUCGCUUGCCUCCUCUUUUCGUCUCUUUUCGUCUCGUCUCGCUUGUGUCGCCCCUCCUUCAAUUGCUUGCGUCGUUUCACCCUGCAUGGUUUGGUUCAUGGUUCAUCAUCAGUCACGACACACAAGACACCUUCGUGAAUCCGCCCGCGAUGAUGUAUGCUGCCGCAUGAUGAUCCGCAUGAUCCACAAUGCCUGUAUCGCCUGAGAUGACGACGCCGGGGUCACGAACGAUGCAUGACGCAUGCUUGAGAUAUCAAUGACGCGACGAGAUGUGAAGCACCUCGUUUGGAUGUAAGAGUAUUUAGUAAAAGCAAGGUGUCUUGGUCUCUCGUGUGUGUGGCGUGAAAGACCGCGUGCGCAGCGACUAUGGCGUGACCGUGAUGCGCUGCAUCGAGGGUCGAGGAAACGACCAUGUUUUUGAGCGGGGGAGUAGGGGGAUGUGCUCGCAGUGUUCCUUGUUUUUUUGUUCCUUCGCAGGCCGCCGACGUUGAGCACCCGGUUCACUGUACCAAACGCUAGACUGCUGCUGCUGCUGCUGCUGCUGCUGCUGAUAGCAGCAGUACCGAAGAUCGCCAUCGUCAUGGACUGCCUGCUGUUCCUGUUUUUUUUUUUAGUUUGGUUGAUAGCGAUGAUGAUGUUGUCCUUGUAGCCGCGGCCGUUGUUUCUUCGGGAUGCCUUGACUUGUUUUUUUAUGAUGCAAACUCUUUCCGUCUU